AUGUAUGGAUCAAGAAAGUCAUUCUCGGAAUAUCCAUUACACUUCCUGAUAAAUGCACGUAAAAAGGAUAGUCAUAAAGGAAAUUUAAAUACAUCAAAAUGUAUGAAAAUUCUCCUUUUAUCAUCUUUUGCUGCUUAUAGCAAUUUUCAUCCAUUUGAAGUAUGCACGGAACAGAUUGUGAUUAUGAAGCCUCUCUCUGAAAAUGUUGACAUAUUGAAAUGUCACUCUAAAGGAAUCGACGAAAAUUUGGAAAUCCCAAUCAGUAACGUGCAAUCGGCUGACGAUCAGGAAACGGUUUUCAGGAACAUCAAUCCUUGCAGCUUUUUACCCGCCUUUCAUCCUUUAACUUCUUUCUUUAUUUCCGGCAAUGAACUUCCAGAAUUUUGCUUUAAAAUAUUUGGUGGACCUGUGGAAAUGAAACGUUGGGCCAUAUAUAAUGUAAUUAUACUUGAAAAGAAGAGUUGUCAACGGAUUUGA